UAUAAAUAUUGCGUUUGUAAGGCUUAACGAUCAGUGAGCUCCAAACACUUGGAGUAACAUAAUAUUACAAGAAAAAGGAAAAGAUUUAUUGACAAAAGUCUAUUCCUACAAUUGGUAAAAAGUUAGUGUAAAAAAAAACGAAUCGAGGUGUCCUUGUAGAGAGGAGUAACGCUGUACACUUCAAAGUACACCGCCGUCAUGCAUUUCUAUAAAGUUGCCAUUCUGAUGCUCGGCUUAGCUGCCGUGACAUUAUCAGCAUCAGGUAAGCAGAUUCCCAAAUCUGGCGCAGAACAAAAAUAUCAGUUGUUUAAUAGACAGCGGGUGCAUGCGAGAAAACCUCUCCAUGAAGAAGUCGCUAGUGGACGAGUUAUCUCACAGGACUUAAUUAAUAGAUUCACCUCAUUAAAGAACCCCAGCACAACCACCACUACUGUCAUUGCGACGACCUCAACACUUGUACCAUCAUCACCCACAACCUCAACUAUUACCCUUUCGCCCGCCACACCAACGUCAUUAUCACCAACAACACCAACAUCACCAAUAACCCCAACAACGACAUUCCCUACAACACCAACAUCGCCCACCCCAUCAACAAUAACUAGCCCAACUACCACAACAGCGAAUUCUACAAGCCGAAUGAUCGUGCGAAACCAAGCAAAUUUCAAUGACGACUUGGAUAAUGAAGAUGAUGAUUUCCUCUUACCAUUGUACCAUCCGAAUAGGAAUCCAAUUGAUAAUUACGAACAAGUGGAAGGAGACGACAGCGAUGAAGUCAAUGUAGUCGGCAUUGAAGAUUUGAAUGACUCAGUUGAGAAUAUUGGUCGCGCAGCACGUGCUCGCCCUUCGAAUUGGCGUCGUCGUCAGGCGCAACGACGCCUACAGCGUCAACGUCAACGCCAGCGUCGUCUAAACAGACGUCGUCGCCAGGCGCAAAUUAAGGCACGUCGUCAACGUCGCCGCCGUCAACAGCAUCGCCGCAGCCAAAAGAAAAGGCGUCGAUUCGGUAAGAAGAAGCAGCGUCGUCAUCGUCGCGGUGGCAAAAAGUCGCGUCGUUCCAACAAACGUAGACGCAUUGUACGGGUAAAGGUUUAAAUAAUAGCGCACGAUAUGUAACUCAAAGGACAAUGCCAGUGAAAUAAAGAAACAAAAUUUGAAUAGUGCA